AUGGCCGAAGAGUUGAUCUCGGUCCGGCCGCUAGCCAACAGCGCACCUAAAUACUUUUAUCCCCCACAAUACUACUUCACACCUGAGCCGUACCACACGACAGCAAUCCCGAAAUACCAUUACCAAGAGCCUGACCACACACCCAGCGCCCUGGAGAAUGUCCGGCACGCCAUUGGUCACGCAUUUCACUCGAUCGAGGAGCUGGGCCACUCUGAGAACGAAUACCCGUUACCCCCUCCUCACGCGGAUAUCCGGGAAUCCAGGACUCGCUACUACAUCGAUGUGGAGCUGCCCGGCGCGCACGACAAGCGCGACAUCGUCCUCAAGUGGACGGGUCUCAACACGCUGUACCUGAAUGCCACCACCAAGCGGCAGCCCACACCGGAAGAUGAGCCCGAGACCGGCGAUGCCGUCCCCGCCUCCCCAUCAAAAUCGCCAGAGCCCAGGCCUGCAGAUAGCCAGAAAGAAGGCGUCAACUCCGAGGAAGGAAAGAAGAAAAAGGCAAAGCCGGAAAAGCCGGUGCAUUUGGUCAGGCACGAGCGACGCUUCGGCAGGCACGCGCGGGCAUUCACUUUCCCCGUCCCGGUUCAGCAGGACGAGAUUACGGCGAAGUUGGCGUAUGGCGUCCUGAACAUCACGGUGCCGAAGGUAGAGGUGGACAAGAAUGCGGAGCAUAAGCACGUUGAUAUUGAGCACGCCGGUCAUUAA